CUGAGGCUGCUGAGGCUGCGGCGGUUAGUGUGGCCAGCUUCACCCAGCUCACCGGGUUUGUGGCAGCGGUCUCUGCAGCAGGCUCCGGCCAAUGCGGCGGCGGCAGUGGCGGCAGCCUUUGCAAAGUUCGCCCAGACAUUCGGACGCACGUACCAGAGCUUCGAGUAUACAGGGCAGCGCCAGCGCUUCGACAGUCGUUGUGGCCAUCGGCAAGCACGGCCAGCACAGUGCAGGCGGCACUGCCAGCGCUGGUCAAGGAGGCCGACAUCGGUCUGCUGACGGUACGUGCGCUGCGGCCGUGGGACGCACAGGUGCUGUUUGCACAGCUCCCCCAGACGGCAGCGCGCGUGGUAGUGCUGCGCGACGCGCAGGACGACAUCUCCCCCGACGCGCUGUUCUCGGAUAUUGCGACCGGCGCGUUCCUUGCGCGUCCGCGGCGCCGGUGCGAGCCACCAGCGUGAACGUCUACGGCAAGGCGUCGGCCGAUGUCAUCGCCACAGUGCGUGAGGCGCUUGGCCUCGAGCCGCUGGCUGUAGCGGAGACGGAGGCGGAGGUGGUUUCAGCUGAGGAAGCGGCGGCUCCAGCCGAGGCUGGCGAGGUGUCGCUGGCGGACACUGAGCCGCAGGCGUACGUGGACAGCCCGCUGGCGAUUGCGCAGCGGCUGGCGUUCCCCGAGGCGUUUGCAACGGCGGUGACUGCGCGGCCGGGCGAGAAGACGUUCACGGUGAAGGUGUCGUCCAAGUACCGCAUGACACCCGACUCGUACGACCGCAACAUCAUCCACAUUGAGUUCGACGCGCGCGGCACCGGGCUGACGUACGAGAUCGGCGAUGCGCUGGGUGUGUUUGGCUACAACGACGCAUCGCAGGUGAGCGAUUUCUGCGCGCAGUACGGGCUGGACCAGUCGCAGUACGUGACGGCGCUGAAGGACGGGCAGAGCCAGACGCGGUCGGUCCACUCGUGGCUGACGCACGCGCUGGAUCUGUUUGGCCGGCCCAGCAAGAAGUUCUACGCGGCACUGGCCGACUUUGCCACCGACACUGCGCAGGCCGACAAGCUGCGCUGGCUGACCACCAGCGAGGGAGCGGUGGAGUUCAAGGACCGCGUGGCCGACACCGUGACGUACGCCGAUCUGCUGCUGGAGUUUGGCUCAGCGCGGCCGUCGAUCCUGCAUCUGGUGGACAUGAUCCCAGCAAUCAAGCCGCGCCACUACUCGAUUGCAUCGUCGGCCAAGAUGCAUCCCGGAUACGUCCACCUGUGUGUGGUCAUUGUCGAGUGGAAGAACAGCCGCGGUCAGCUGCGCACCGGCCAGUGCACGCGCUUCCUCGAUGCGCUGGAGAUUGGCACUCCGGUUGUUGUGUCAGUCAAGCCGUCGGUGAUGAAGCUGCCGCCGUUGGACUCACAGCCGGUCAUCAUGGCUGGUCUGGGCACCGGCAUGGCGCCGUUCCGAGCCUUCAUUGAGGAGCGCGCGGUGCGUGCUGCGCAGGGCCAUGCUGUAGGCCCGAUGACUCUGUACAUGGGCUCGCGCCACCGCGCCAAUGGAGUACCUGUACGGAGAGGAGCUCGAGGCCUACCACGCCGGCGGCCUACUGACCAAUCUGCGUCUGGCGUUCUCGCGUGACCAGAAGCAGAAGGUCUAUAUCCAGCACCUGAUGCGCGACGACUCGGAGCUGCUGGCUUCCCAGAUGCUCAAGGAGGACGGCAGCUUCUACCUAUGCGGCCCCACCUGGCCCACCGGCGAUGUCAAGGACGCCAUGGUCAGUGCCUUCACCAAGAUCGGCGGCGUCAAGCCCAGCGAGGCCAACAAGGUCAUCGAGGAGCUGAAGGAGCACGAGCGCUACAUUCUGGAGGUCUAC